GCUGAGUCAUCUCAUCCUCUGCCUCAGUUUCUCCAGCUAUAUAUUGGGGAUAAUAAUAGACCUUACAUCCUCUGGCUGGUGGGAGGAUCAAAUGAGAUAAUAAUAGUAAUAAGCACUUAGCACCAUGCCUGGCACAUAGUAGGUGCUUUUUAAAUGCUCUAAGAAGUAGAGGCAAGGAUCGAGAGCAUUUGGGGCAAGCAGCCAAGUAACAGAGGCAGGACAGUCUUCUCUCUAGAGUCCAAGUCUAUGGCUGUAUCUCUGGCUUCAAUGAGGAAUAUACCUUGAGAGCUCAGAAAGCUGCCAUCCGUUUUAUCUUAGAAUUCAAAGGGGUUAGUCAACGAAUAAAUGGGGCAAUGAGUAGAGUGUUAGGUUAGAGACAGAAAGACCAGAAUUCAAAUCCAACCUCAGAAACUUAGUUCCUAAACUUCUCUCAACUUCAGUUUUCUCAUUCCUAAAAUGGAGAUAACAGUAGCACAUACCUCAUAGGGUUGUCAGGGGCUCUAUAAAUAUUUGUGACCAUUAAGUAUCAUUUAUUUCAAUUCCCUCAUUUUGUUGCCCAUCAGCAACUAAAUCAGGAUUCGAAUUCAGGACACCCGACUUCCUUCAAGUGGUCUUUACCCUACACCAACCUGCCUUCUGAUUGAAUAGGCAUGAAUUCUAUUCAGCAGCUAGAGGCUGCAAUCCUAACUAGGCCACGUCCACUAAACCAUCUCCCCAUCCUUAAGCUUAGAUAUGUUACAUCCUGCCUGUCCCCUACGGUGUCUUAUCAUAUAAGCUGGAGCUAAUUGAAUUAAUUGGAUGCGUGACACCCUCAGUCUGCUCCUCCAGGCAGGGCCAUGGCUGUCUCCUUUGGAAACAGGCUUGCAUUGGUUCCCAAGUAAGUAGGGAUCUCAGAAAGGCUCUCCGAUGAGGAUAAUGAUGGCCCGAGUUGUCUCAGUGAUGCCCAUCCCCACAGAUACGGCACAGGCUUUCAGAGAGGAACAGACAUCCGUUGCUAAGCAACGUUUGGAGGCCUGGGUCUCUUCCUCACUCUAGGUAGAGGGGCAACAGCUGCUCCCCCCUUCACUCAAGGACUGCGUGGGCCCACCUGCUUCCAAGUCGCCUUAGCGAGAGUAUGUUACCUGGGGACGUCCCUCUGCACCCUAAGUGAUGGGCUUCCUGGGGGAACUUAGGGUAGGAGAAAGACGAGGCUUUUGUCUAUUUGUCUUUCUUUGUGUGCCUCCAGCCAUGCCUCUUCCCUAACAGGCCCACCAUUCUCCCACAGGCAGGGUGGGAAUGAGCGGGACAGCCCCUCUCUGACUGAUGCCAGAAUAAAAGUCUCUCACUCUGGACUCGCGUGUCCUCUGGCUGGACGAGUCAAGAAAAACACAUUGGUGGGGGCUUCCUUUGAGCCAGUGUUUGAGAUGUGAGCUACAUGGCAGAAUGUGCACACCGAGCAGAGGUUUGAAGGGGGUCCUGCAUGUUAGAGUGACUUAGAGGCUACAUUUUGUCAUUUAAAAAAAACCAUACAGUAGCUUUGGUUUGUCUGAUGAGAAAAAAGUCAAGACAAAGAAUUCCAUUUCCCAAAAGAAUGAAGGAGGAGGACGAGGGUUCUUCACCUACAGUCAUCGCCCUUCCAAGAAGCCCCAAGGAAUCGAGCCACAGCAGUACACUGGAAAGACUUCUUUCAGAUAGCAUCAGAACCCCCUGAUUCGGGGGUUCGAGACUGUCUCUGCCACUUCCUUGCUGUACAGCUCUGAGCAAGUCACCCUUCCUGGGUCUCCGGUUCUUCAUUUGUGCCAUGCAAGUGCCAAUUUUCAGUCUGUCUCCCAAUCCGUCCCUGUGAUCUUCAAGGACCCUUCCUCCUCUGGAAUCUGCCAGGGGCGCUGGAAGUAGACAACAUGGCGACUGUCUUAUCCUUCCUCCAGCCUCCCCCCACCCCCACCCCCCACCCCCGCUUGUUGGGUCCUGACAAGGCUCUUCAAAUGCUCGUCAGAUGAGAAACACAUGACUUCCAAUGGUGAAGAGGGGGUCACAGCCGCCGUACGACAGGGGCCUCAGCCAUGCGCCUCUGAUGCCUCUGGCUGUGCCUCAGUCAUGUGGGGCAUCAUCCAUCCUUCUCAGAGCUGCAGCAACUUCAAAAGGGAGUUUGUUUGUUUAUUGCACCGCCUUCCAACCUCUCUCAGACACUGACUGACCCAGGAAGGGACCCCUCAACAGGCAUGGGAGGGAGCCUUUUUUUAUGUGAUUUAUAUUCAAAUGACACUUAAUAUGUUCACAUAGGAUCUAUUCAAUCAACACAUACAAUUAUUGCUGGAAUGGAAAUAUAUAUCCACACAGACAAAUUCCGUUUACACACACACACACACACACAUUUGAAUAUAAAUCACAUAAAAGCCCUUACUUGUCUCCUAGGUCAGCCUCUGUGGGAGAGUAUUGUGCAGGGGUGUAUACGGAUGUGUAUGUGUGCAUGUUAGGGGCUGUAUGUGGACUACAUGAUACCAGCUGCUUCUAAGUGGCUUUGGCAAGAGUAUCUUGAUAUUUCCUGGUGGGUUACUUAGCGUUAGGGUUAAAAUUGGUCCUCCCAAGCUCCUGUAGAGUGGGUAUUAUUAUCUCCGAGGCAGGCUGAAUGACCUGGCUAGGGUCACAUAGGAAGGAAGGAGAAUCCUUGCCUCUAGGUUUCAUUUUUAUCACCUGUAAAAGAAAGGAGUUGAGCUGGUUGCCUUCUAAUGUCUUAUCUAGGUCUACAGACCAAUCCCAUGCAAUAAAAGAUCAUUGGUUUUUGAGCCAGAGGACGAGGGCACAAAUCCUGCCUCUGAAAUUUACUACCUCAAGAAAGUCACUUAAUCAAUCUUGGUGGACCUCAGUUUCUUCAUCUGAAAAAAUGAGAGGAUUAGACUAGAUGAACUGUUUUAUUUUUUUAAAAAACCCUUACCUUCUGUCUUAGCACCAAUACCACGUUUUGGUUCCAAGGCAGACAAGCAGUAAGGGCUAGGCGAUGACAGUUAAGUGACUUGCCCAGGGUCACACAGCUGGGAAGUGUCUGAGGACAGAUUUGGACUUUGGAUCUCCCACCUCUAGGUCUGCUGCUCCAACUGGAUGAAGUCUCAAGGUCUCUUUUAGUUUUAGACCUCCAAGUUAAUUCAGUCUGUCCAGAACUCCAAAUUCCCUUCUGUAGAUGUGACCAAAUCAGCCUCCCAAAUUAUGUUCUUGUCAUUCAUAGGGCCUCAGUGUCUUUAUCUUAGCCCAACAUUGCCUCAAAGAAAAUCCUAUUGGAGCUCUCCUGGAAAGGAAUGGUAGAUCUAUGGCUUUAUGGCUAUUCCAGGGUUACGGGUUCAGCCAACCAGAAGUCUCCCCUUCUUAGCCGGUGCCCUUGAGACUCCGUGCCACUGUUGGUGAUGGCACACAGAUCUGGAUAUCUGUGGCCUAGGGCCAUUGCAGAUGGGCAGAAGGGGGUCAGGUGCCAUGGGGCAGCUUCAGUAAGCCUUUCCAUGGUUCCCUCAGGUCUAGGGUUGGAGAUGCAGCCCCCCUGCCUCUGAGCCCAUGUUGACAAGAUCAAGAAAGGGAGGAAAUUAGAUAAAAAGUAGGGAAGUGAAUUAUCUAGCCUGUGGGGGAGGGGGGCAUAGAAUUUGAACCUAAGAACCAAUGCAGGUUUCUUUUCAAUCCAUCCCUUGGUUCUUUUUUUUUUUUAACCCUUACCUUCCAUCUUGGAGUCACUACUGUGUACGGGCUCCAAGGCAGAAGAGUGGUAAGGGCUAGCCAAUGGAGGUUAAGUGAUUUGCCCAGGGUCACACAGCUGGGAAGUGUCUGAGGCCAAAUUUGAACCCAGGACCUCUUUAGGCCUGCCUCUCCAUCCACAGAACCACCCAGCUGCUCCCCCCCCCACCUUGGUUCUUAAAGGAAGGAUUUGAUAGAAUGUUAAAAUGUUCACAAUCCCAGGUGACUCCUCCCUGCCUGACAGUCCAUGAAUGGGUCAGAGAGGGCUUCCUUCCCCCCCAGAUUGGGAGUGUUUGAGAGGGACUAAUCCGUCCUGGAACCUCCUGCCACUGUCCAUUCACAAGGGACUGAGCUAAUGACAUUCUGCACAUGCAAUCAGCUUGAAGAAGAAAGUGGUGGGGGCUUUCCCCCUCCCCCAGCCUUGUUUUGUCUCUUGGUCAGACUGGCAGUUUGGGCACAGCCUGGGUCCCUCCCGUAGAAUGCAGUUGGUGGGGCUUAUUUUAUUUUUUAAAUGAUCUUCAUCUUGGGGCUCCUCCAUCAGAAACUGGUUGCCGCUGUGGCACGUUGCAAAGGAAGGACCCUAGCCCGAAAAAGAGAGAUGGGGCGGCGAGGCGAGUGCGGAGCAGCCCUGCCUUUGUCUUGAGGGUGCCCGUGGCAGAUUCCGCGCGCUGCAGGGGAAAGGGUUAACGCACACCUAGUCAAGUUGGGGGAGGGGGCCCACUUCAGGAUUCCUUAAGUAUCUCGAGGGCUCCCUCCAUCUUUCUCAUCCUCUUUAGAAAGAUGGCCGUGUUUCCCUGGCUGGCAACCCCCUCCGAAAAGAAUCCUUCCUCCUCCGCCGCCUCUUUCUGCUGAGCAGUGCUAAUGGGAACUGGAAAGCCCUGCAAGCACCCAAGGCGGCGGGACGAUCUAUAAUUCAUAAGUGCUUCCAGCCAGCCAGCUGCAUCCAUUUGGGCUCCUCCGUGCAGUCCCUGCUUUCUCGUUGCCCCCUUCUGCCAGGAAAUAAGGGGCUCCUCGGGCUUUUCCGCAAGGAUGGAGCGCAGAGAUGGGCUUCGUUGGGGAGCGGAGAAUACCCCCAGGCGGGGAUUCUCUCUAUUUUAGGGUCUGUCGUCAUUUGGCCACUGGAUCUGCUGGGGUUUCCUCCGUCCUCCUCGGGAGUUGCCGGCUCUGGGCACCAGGGAUUCACUGCAAGGGAUUGGUGUGUGCUGCGGGUCAGGUCGCGUCGCGGUGGCGGUGUGCAGAGCUUUCCAAAAUGCCCGAGGCAAACUAUUUACUGUCCGUAUCUUGGGGUUACAUCAAGUUCAAGAGAAUGUUGAACCGGGAGCUGACCCACCUCUCGGAGAUGAGCCGGUCAGGGAACCAGGUGUCUGAGUACAUUUCAAACACUUUCUUAGACAAGCAGAAUGAGGUGGAGAUUCCAUCUCCCACCCAGAAAGAUAGAGAGAAGAAGAAAAAGGAGCAGCAAGUCAUGACCCAGAUUAGUGGCGUCAAGAAGCUGAUGCACAGUUCUAGUCUGAACAACACCAGCAUCUCUCGCUUCGGGGUCAAGACGGAGAAGGAAGAUCACUUGGCCAAAGAACUGGAAGACUUGAAUAAAUGGGGUCUCAACAUCUUCAAAGUAGCUGGCUAUUCCCACAACAGGCCCUUGACGUGUAUCAUGUACGCCAUAUUCCAGGAAAGGGACCUCCUGAAGACAUUCAAAAUCUCUUCUGACACAUUUGUAACCUACAUGAUGACUUUAGAAGACCAUUACCAUUCUGAUGUGGCCUAUCACAACAGCCUCCAUGCUGCUGAUGUUGCUCAGUCAACCCACGUUCUUCUUUCUACCCCAGCCUUAGAUGCUGUCUUCACCGAUUUGGAAAUCCUGGCUGCCAUCUUUGCGGCUGCAAUCCAUGAUGUUGAUCAUCCAGGGGUCUCCAAUCAGUUCCUCAUCAACACAAAUUCUGAACUCGCUCUGAUGUAUAACGAUGAGUCUGUUUUGGAAAACCACCACCUGGCAGUGGGGUUCAAGUUGCUCCAGGAAGAACACUGUGACAUUUUUCAGAACCUGACCAAGAAACAGCGCCAGACCCUUAGGAAGAUGGUAAUCGACAUGGUUUUGGCGACAGAUAUGUCCAAGCACAUGGGCCUGUUGGCAGACCUGAAAACAAUGGUGGAGACAAAGAAAGUGACCAGCUCUGGCGUCCUGCUUCUGGACAACUAUACAGAUCGGAUACAGGUUCUCCGCAACAUGGUACAUUGUGCCGACCUGAGCAACCCUACCAAGUCUUUGGAAUUAUACCGGCAAUGGACAGACCGUAUCAUGGAAGAAUUCUUCCAACAGGGAGACAAGGAACGAGAGAGGGGCAUGGAGAUCAGCCCUAUGUGUGAUAAACACACUGCCUCGGUGGAAAAAUCCCAGGUUGGUUUCAUCGACUACAUCGUCCAUCCGCUCUGGGAGACCUGGGCCGACCUGGUGCAGCCCGAUGCCCAGGACAUCCUGGACACCUUGGAGGACAACCGCAACUGGUACCAGAGCAUGAUCCCCCAGAGCCCGUCCCCGCCCCUCGAGGAGCAGAACCCGGACUGUCAGGGCCUGAUGGAGAAGUUCCAGUUCGAGCUGACCCUGGAAGAGGAGGACUCGGAGGGCCCCGAGAAGGAAGGCGACAGCGUCAGCUAUUUGGGCAGCACAAAGACGCUGUGUGUGAUUGACCCAGAGCCCUGCGAGGCCGACGUAGAGACCGAGAUGGGAGACGCGUCCCCCAUCGACACCUAAUGCCCGGGCCGGGCCCUGUAGCCAGGUCGAGAUGAACAUUCAGUCCUUAACGAGCAUGUGGGUUGCCCGCUAGGGCCAGCCUGCGGUCCAGGUCCAGGGCCUGCUUCUGAUGAAGGCCAAUGACCUUCCCAGUCCCUUCAGAUUGGAGCCAGAGCGGGGGACCACGACAUGAACGGCUGCUCACGGAACUCAGUGAGGCGACUGGCGUUCGCUUUCUGCCUUUAUGGCACCAGCUUGAACCGCCGUCGCCGCCCGGCCGUCCUACGGGACGGGACGCGGCGCUCCACUGAGAGAAUUUUUUUCUGCACUAGACUUUGGAAGCCGGAACCUGUUAGAGGUGCGGGCCAGACUGACGGACAGAACUCCUCCGCAAGCCUGCCCCUCUGUCCUCCCGUCUGCAAAUCCUCGUGCCUUUUUUGUAUGUUUUCACGUCUUUGCAACGCCUGUUGAAUACUUAGUUCAGUAUCAACUUCUACGCAGAACAAAGUGUUUCGAAACUUUCUGUGCCCUUUUCCAGUCCUUCUGAAAAGGAGAAACCCGUCUUCCUUCUCCUCCCUCCAGGCGAUACCUUCUCGCUGUUCCUUUUACAACCAGAGAGGAAGGCGAUUGCUCUAUGGAACGCCCACUUUCCCCGUCCCCGCCUCUCCUACCCAUCCUGUUCUCCGGCUCACCCCGCCUUCCCUUUGUCUGCUUGGGUUUCCCUGAGGUUGCCCAGAGAACACUUUGCAAGCCGGGGAUGGGGUGGGGUGGGGUGGGGUGGGAAAGGGCUCCCUACUUUUCUCCAGGACCUCGAUGGUCCGGGCUGCAUCCAGCAGAACCAGGCGCGACUUGCCUGCCUGCGCGCGUGCGUGGCGAAUCUUGCGGCCCCGUCCUCUCCCAAUGACCAUUGCACGUUCCUCCCUCGUCUUCUCCCCUUCCGGUAGGGUUAGGCUUAGCCAGCCGUCUUUCUCCACUCGCGCCGUCCUGAGCUCUAACGCCCUCCUUACUGUUUAUAACAGUGUAUUUAUUACUUCUGUACAUAGUGUAAUGUUUUGUAAGUUAUUAAUUUAUAUCACUUGGCGUCGCCCACCAGGGGCGGCGUUAAAGGAAUUUGUGUAGAAAACUCUACCUGAGUUGCACCUUUUGUCACCUUUUCUACGGCAUCCUGGAGCCCCGAACACAGCUCACGAGAGACAUACGGACCCCCCUCCCGCCUGCCCUCCUCCCCGGGUGAGCCGGGGUAUCCCCCGGCGGCUUCCGUCAAGAGACGUGACCUCCCUUUCGUGUCCGUCGUGGCGGCCAGUGGAACCCCUCCAAACUCGAGCUGGCGGGACAGAGAGCCCAGGGAAGGGGUGGGGGGACAUUUCAUCCCUUGGAGAUGGACCGAGUUGCCCAUUAACCUGCUUCAAAGGGUGUUACAGCUGCCGCCGCCGUGGCUCCCAUCUCAAAAGCAACACUAACACGCCACAGGGAGUCCCUCGGACUGUGUCCAGACGACUGGAUUCUGGAGGAAGCCCCAGAGCCAACGAGAGAUGUACAGGUCACCGCUUUGCUGCCGAGAGCAGAAUGUGAACGAAUGUCCUCCUGACACGAAUGUGAAGCUGCUUCUACGAGCUGUGGGAUGCCUGUCCCCGGCGUCUCUCUCUGGCGGUGAACUCUUUGGGCCAGCCCUGUCACCCCGCGCACUGGGGAUGACUUGCACAGCUGUGCAUGACCAGUGGGUCUGUGUGUCUGUCCAGCACUGCAUUGUUCCAGGCGGAUGUUUUACUGUUUCCAAAGUUUCUCACCAUGUAUGUUAUGGUAUUAUUAUAAUUAUUAUUAUAUAUUGUGUUCAGAUGCAUUCUUGAGAGAUUUUUAUAUGAAGUAAAUAAAUGAAGAAGCAUGA